AUGACUUUAUUCAAAAAACAUUAUGCUGCCAAUAGAAAAGAGGAGGUGACCGCUGCAGAACUUGUCAACCUUAAACAAGAUAAGGACGAACCCCUCAAAUCUUUCAUGCAGAGAUACCACGAAGCUACCAGGCGAGUGAAGGGCGUCAACCAGGAGUUCAAUAUCAGCAAUCUGCCCAAUUGCCUGAAACCAGGAUAUGUCUCGGAACAUCUGUAUGCCAAAUUACCUAAUUCGAUGGAGGAACUCCAAGAGAGAAUGACCAAGUUCAUUCGAAUGGAAGAUCAGAGAAAUUCCCGAAAGAAACACCAGACGGAGAUCCCCACUAAUGGGAACAAGAAAGAAACAAGACAAGUCCGUGAAGGAGACCGAAGGCCUCCUAGAAGAGAUCUACCCAUACCCUUGGGCCCUCGGUAUGAUCACUACGCAUGCUUAAAUGCACCACUAGCAAAAGUGUUUAAAGAGGCUUUAAGCGUCGAACUCAUCAACAUAAAAAAGCGGCCCACACCCCGGGCUGCUGACGAAACCAAGGUCUGCCUAUUUCAUGACAACCAAGGACAUGCUACUAAGGACUGCACCACCCUCAGGGAUGAACUAGAAAAGCUCAUUCGAACGGGAUAUCUCCGACAAUUCAUGAAAGAGGAACCAGAACCGCAUAAACGGUCUCCGAGAAAGGAAAUUGUACAAAAAGGUCCUAAACGGGUGCACGACACCGACGUCCACCCAAGAGACCGUUCCCGAAGUCGUCCUAGGGAGAGAGAUCGUUCCUGA